UCGUCGCAUUUGCCACACCUUUCCCUAUACCUUCGCUGCUCCAUCGCUCCAUGGCAUAGCGCCGCCUGCCGCUCGCUCUCGCAGAGGCCGCACGGCUCCUCCCGCUCCCCCGGAAACAACGCGGCCGGCGUCUCCCCAUGUAGAUCCGGGCGGAUCCGCUGGUUUUUGGCUCGCCCGUGGUCACCAUCCUCCGCGGCGGCGGCAUCCCAGAAGUGCAGUCAGAAUGGCAGAGAAGAUACUGGUGAGUGCCUCAGUGGGAGUGAUGAACUCGCUCCUAGGAAAGCUAGCCACUCUUAUGGGGGAAAAGUAUGCCAAGCUCAAGGAUGUGCGGAAACAGGUGGCGUUCCUCCAUGAGGAGCUCAGCAGCAUGGCCGCUCUCCUGGAAGAUCUCGCUGACAUGGAGGACCUGGAUAACAAAACCAAGCAGUGGAGGAACAAAGUGAGGGAAAUGUCGUACGACAUCGAGGACUGCAUCGAUGAGUUCAUGCACCGUGUUGGAGGUUCCUGCGACGGUAAAGGAUUGUUGCGCCGUCUUAAGACGCUAAGGGCGCGGCAUCAGCUCGCCAACCAAAUUCAAGAGCUCAAGAUCCGUGUGCAAGAGGCUAGUGCGCGGCGCAUGAGGUACAAGCUAGAUGACUGCAAGACUAGAUCCGGUGGUGUUGCUGUCGACCCUCGGAUAUCUGCUCUUUAUGCGGAAUCGUCAAGACUUGUUGGUAUUGAUGGCCCGAAGGAAGAGGUUAUCAAUUUGUUGGAAAAGCAGGUGGAUGAUGCGUCAGUGCAAGAGCUAAGAGUCGUGUCUAUUGUUGGGUUUGGAGGUCUAGGAAAGACCACACUUGCAAAUGAAGUAUACAAAAACUUUGGUGAAAGUUUUGCUUGCAAGGCUUUUGUAUCAGUGUCUCAAAGACCUGACAUGGUGGUGCUUCUCAAGAGUUUGGUCACACAGAUUUUGGGGCGAGGGACUGAUAUUUGCGAGGUUAAUGGGCUCAUAGAUAGCCUUAGAAAGUAUCUACAGGACAAAAGGUAUUUGGUUGUAGUUGAUGAUUUAUGGGAUGCAUCAGCGUGGGAAAUUAUAAAAUGUGCUUUCCCCGAGGGCCACUAUGGUAGCAAAGUGUUGACAACUACACGAAUCGAAAGGGUGGCAGUGACAUGUUGCAAUUUUCAGUGGGAAUUUGUUUACAGGAUGAAACCUCUUGACAAUCAUAGUUCCAGGCAGUUGUUUUAUGGUAGAGUUUUUGGGUUGGAAAACACAUGUCCUCAUCCAUUUGAAGAACCAUCUGAAAAAAUUCUACAAAAAUGUGGUGGACUGCCACUAGCAAUCAUCAGUAUAGCUAGCCUUUUAGCUAGUCAAUCGAACAGAUCAGUGAGCCAAUGGAACUGUGUCCUUAAUUCUUUACGUUCCGAUCUGAGGUCAAAUCCAACUUUAGAAGGGAUGAGACAGAUACUAAACCUUAGUUACACUCAUCUUCCUCAUCAUCUCAAGACAUGCUUAUUAUAUAUUGGUAUGUAUCCGGAGGAUCAUCAUAUCAAAAAGGAUCACUUAGUUAUGCAAUGGGUAGCUGAAGGAUUUGUCUGUGGAAUAGAUGGGAGAGAUGCAUUGGAAAUUGCGGGGAGCUAUUUCAAUGAAUUGGUGAAUAGGAGUAUGAUCAUCCAGCUUGUGGAAGAUCGUGCUUUGCGCAGGGAGCGUAUCUAUCAUAAAGUUCAUGAUAUGGUUCUAGAUCUAAUUGUGUCCAAGUCUGCAGAAGAGAAUUUUCUGUGCGUGGUAGAAAACAUAGAGACAGUCACCAGAAGACAGCAUUGCAAGACUCGCCGGCUCUCUCUGCAGCUUGGUGAGGCAGAACUUGAUAAAAUCGCACCUCGCAUGAGUCUGACACAUGUUCGAUCACUGUGUAUUUCUGGGUUGCGUCAUCGUAGCAUUGAACUGUCGGAGCUGAAGUUUAUCCGAGUUCUGUUUGUUUGUAAGGUUGAUGGUCUGGACCUCACUCCAAUUGGGAAACUGUUUCAACUGAGGUAUUUAAAUGUUACAAGCUACCUUGAAUUGAGCAUGCAACUGCCUAAACAAAUUUGUGGGCUACAUCAUCUGGAGACAUUGGUUAUAGGUGGGCUGUUGUCCGAACUUCCUCAUGAUAUUGUCGAUUUGCCUGCUUUGUCAUAUUUGAAGGUUUCUGUGUGGAUGGCUUAUCCUGAUGGGAUUAGCAAGAUGAAAUCUCUUCGUACUCUGAAGGGGUUCGAUCCAAGCAAGCAGUCGGUCGAUAAUUUAAGGGCUCUCGGAGAAUUGCUGAAUCUAAGGGAGCUGCGCAUGUGUUUCACUGAUGACAGCUUCCCCGCUAUGGAAACACAUAAGGAUGCUCUGUUUUAUUCCAUCCAGAAGUUACUCAAUGGCAAUCUGAGGCAUUUCACUGUUUCCUCAUUAGACCAAAGACAUACAGGCUACUAUGAUGGGUGGAACUCAUUGUGCUUGUCAGACUGUCGUCUCGAGCAACUCCACCUGCAAUUCCAGUUUCCAAGGUUACCUAUGUGGGUUGGUCAGCUUAGCACGCUCAGCAACCUGGAAAUCCGUGUUGACAAGCUGUCCAAGGAUGAUAUUUCUGUUCUUGCAGGGUUACCUGCCCUUGCCCAUCUUGUGCUAUGGGCGCGUGAUGUCCCUGAUGAAGUGAUUGUCUUCAGCAGCAGUGCGGCGUUCAGAUCUCUUGAUUACUUCGAAUAUCGUCGAGCAGGCCACUCCUUCCACUUCCAAGCUGGAGCAGUGCCCAAGGUUGAGACCCUCAGGUUUCAAUUGGUUGCGCGUGAAGUGAAGACGUGUGGCAUCAGGCUUGCCGGCGUCGAGCAUCUGACGAAUCUGAAAAGAGUAGCCGUCGGUUUGUGGUACUAUAGAAGUGAAGAGUCAUCAGAUUUACCAAUGAUAGAGGCUGCAAUAAGGGCCUUCUUCGACGGGCAUCAUCCAGGACGCCCCGUCAUUCAUGUAACAAGCUACGAUUUUGAUGAUGCCUCGUCAUUCAUGUAACAAGCUACGAUUUUGAUGAUGCCCCGUCAUUCAUGUAACAAGCUACGAUUUUGAUGAUGCCCCGUCAUUCAGGUAACAAGCUACGAUUUUGCGUAUCGUUGUAGAUUUUAAGGUUGCUUGACUAGAUCUUAAGGUUGCUCAGUGUGCCCUAGUCAGGGCAGUUACAAUGAAAACGUGAAAGUCUUUUGAGGAA